AUGUCGCCAGCUUUACCCCAAUACUGGUGGAUUCUCGCCAUCACUACCGUCGCCUUCUGCUUGAGCGCCUUCGGCAACGGUGCCAACGAUGUGGCGAACGCCUUCGCCACAUCUGUGGCCGCACGAACCCUGACGAUGGCCCAGGCCGGUGUCAUAUCCGUACUCGCCGAAUUUCUCGGUGCUGUCGUGCUCGGCUCCCGCGUUACCAACACUAUCAAGAACGGUAUUAUCGGCCUAGAUCGCUUCCGGAGCCACCCGGCCACGAUUCUCGUGGCUAUGGGCGCCGCUGAGAUUGCCUCCGCCACAUGGCUUCUGACCGCAACGAAGCUUGGUUUCCCUGUUUCCACCACUCAUACUAUCGUCGGCGCCCUCAUCGGCGCAGGCAUUGGCGCCCAAUCCGCCGUCACCUGGCAGUGGACACGUGGCAGUGUCUCUCAGAUUGCUGCUUCCUGGCUUAUUUCCCCGCUGAUCUCGGCCGCUAUAUCCGCGAUCCUUUUUGCAACGCUCAAGUUCUCCGUGCUGGAGCGUAAGGACUCGUUUCAGAAGGCGCUCAGGGCAAUUCCAUUUUACCUUGCCUUUACUGGCGCGGUGCUCGCCCUCUUUAUCACUAUCGAGGCACCCGGAGCCCCGAGUCUCGAGGAAUUAGGCGCCGGCAUAGCUUCUGCCAUUGUGCUGGGAACCUUCUUCGGAGUCCUCGCCAUUUCGUACAUUUUCUUUCUACCAUACUUUCACCGCGUCGUUGUCCUGAAGGAUCCUCGAAUGCGCCCCUGGCAUCUUCCCCUCGGACCUCUUCUACGGAGGGAGAACCCGCCCUUGUAUUUCCCCGGCAAGGAAACCAUGCUCGUCGAUCAUUAUCAGAGCGCUCACGACAAGCCCACCCCGGUGGCCGAUCAGCAACCCGCCGCCAAGCCCACCGAAGGUCCAAAGCAGAUUGAUUCAGAGGAUCCCGCCUCUGGAGACCUCGAGCGCCAGCCUACACCAGACGUGCCACGCGCGCCGCGCAAGCCAGAGCCGGAAGAACGCUUCCUCGCCCCGACGGCCCAUCUUCCCAUGUAUCAUCCGAAGAGGAUCAAGAGCUACGUGGUAUACUUCUUGCUCCAGGGGGUCACUCGGGACUGCAUCACGCAUUCGUCCCUUCGCCUAGAAAACGUCCACAGCAAGGCUCCCCGAUACGAUAACCGCAUCGAGCAUCUCUGGACGUAUGCGCAAGUCGCAAGCGCCGUUAUGAUGUCCAUCUCUCACGGCUCUAACGAUGUCGCCAACGCGGUCGGUCCUUGGGUGGCGGUUUACCAAACGUACAACACGGGCGAGGUCGGAAGCGAGAACCCCACGCCUGUCUGGAUCCUCGCUGUCGCCGGUAUCCUGCUCGGCGCGGGUUUCUGGUUCAUGGGUCACCACAUCGUCAAGGCUCUCGGCAAUAAGAUCACCCAACUUAGCCCGACCAGGGGUUACGCGAUGGAGCUCGGAGCGGCUAUCACGAUCCUGCUGGCGAGCCGGCUGGGUUUGCCCGUGAGCACUACCCAGACAUUGACCGGCGCCGUGGUCGGUGUCUCCUUGAUGAAUAUGGAUUUCGGCGCCACCAAUUGGAAACAGCUCGCGUACAUCUUCCUUGGUUGGGUCUUGACGCUUCCAUGUGUUGCUACCUUCGCUGGCCUGCUCACCGCCAUGGCUCUCAACGCUCCGAGUUUUAGCUGA